AUGCUUCCAAUUCAUACUAGAGGUAGUACCUACUAUGAGAAUUAUAACUUGGCUAGAAAUAAUUUAGGAGUUUAUAGUAAUUUCAAUAUCACUGCUCAAUAUAAUUUCAAUAUCAAUCGCCAAACCUUAUCAAAUGGUUUAAGAAAUUUAUUAUUACAAAAUCCUAUCUUUACCGUGAAUUAUUUCAAAGGUGAUAAGUCAGAAGCUGCUAAAAAUCUUUUUGAUUAUACAGUGAAACCAUCUCAAACCAUUUCAUUUGAUGAUAUUGUGGAAUAUGUACCAUUAGAUCAUCCUUUUAAUGCUGAAAAUUUACAAGAAAUCAAUUUAAGAAGAUUUGAAUUAAGUAUCAAUAAACCAAUUUGGAAGUUAUUGGUUCAUGAAUUCAAAGAUCAACAAUACUUGACAUUCCUUUGUGAUCAUACUAUUUUUGAUGGGAAUGGUGCAUGUUUUUUCCAUGAUGAUUUAUUAAAAGAACUUUCAAAGUUAAAAGAUAAUACUCAAUUAGAAGAACUUGACACUAUCUUUGAUUAUGAAGAUGAUUUACAUUUACUUCAUGCCUUACCUGAAACUACCCUUAAAUUAACUUCAUUGUAUAAUCUUAAAUAUUUCUUUUUUAAUUGGGUUAUUUUAUCAGAAAUUUUACCUAAAUUUAUCACCAAUUUUGUAUGGAAGAAUGUUUAUGACGUUGAUUUUGAUACUUAUAAAGUAUUUACUCAUAAAAGAGUUGAUAUCAAAUCUAAAAUAUGUUAUAGAAUCAUUAAUUUAUCCCAAGAUGAAACAAAAUCAAUCAUGACUUCAUUAAGACUGGAAAAAUUAACUUUCACACCUUAUUUAUUAGGUAUUAUUUCCGAACAACUUAGAGUAAAGGUUUUCCCUUACAUUUCCGAAGAAGAAAAAAUCAUAUCAGCAUCGAUAGUGGUUGAUGGUAGAAGAUACUACCCAGAGCUUCAUCAACAAUUGAAGUAUAACUUUGCUGUAUCCGAUGCUCGUGUGUUUGUCCCACCAUUAUUAAAAUUAAAAGAAGUAAUCGAGCGUAGUAGCAAAAUUAUUAAAGAUGCCGUAACUUCCAGAAAUGGCUUUCAAAUGGUUAAUAUGAUCAAUUAUAUCAAUAUUUGGGACUUUAUUCAAAAGAGAUUUGGCAAAUAUGAUAGAGCAACCUUUGAAAUCUCUAAUCUUGGAUAUAAGAAGUUUCAAACUUCAGAUGGUUCCGAAAUUACCAAUUUAAUCUUCAGUCAAGAUGUAGGUCUUUCAGGUCAUUUUGUAUUCUCAGUGGUUGGUACUCCAGCUGGUGGAAUUAAUAUUGUUCUUUGUAAUCUUGAAGAAACUGAAGAAUUAAAGAAUGCCCUGACUUAUAAUAAAGUCAUGGAUGAAUUUGUCCAAGCUUUAAAAGCUAGUUUAAUCGAAUCAAUUGAUACAUUAUAG